UCAUAUAAAAAAACCAGACGCAGACACUGACCACAAAUUUCACAGAUGUCAGUGGCACUGAACUGCAAGUCACUGGAGGCUGGGGAAGACAGUGUGAACCUGAUGGCUUAUGAUGGCAGAUCAAAGUAUGGAUGUCGAUCUCAAAUGUCAGUGUGGAUUGGAGCUGCUGGAGUGUGUCUGGGGCUUCUUCUGCUGAUUCUGAUCUUAGGUGUGGUGGCCCACAAUUCCGGUGCCAUCAGUCACUGGGACGUGAAGUGUGAAAACCUGAUCUACAGCCUGACUGUCGACAGAGACAAUCUGAGAAAUGAGCUGGACCAACUGAAGAUUCAAUCCAGCAACCUGACGAGAGAUAUGGAGGUACUUCAGAGCCAAUACAACACCAUGGCGGCGAGUCGAGAUAAACUACAAGAGGAGGUCAUAAGGUUAAACGAGACACUCAGAACCAGAAGCAAAGACUCAAACAGAACAGGUCAACCUUGCAUCCAAGGAUGGAAAACAUUCGGGAACAAGUGCUACUAUUUCUCUCCCAGCGGAGUGACUAAAACCUGGGAAGCCAGCAGGAAAGACUGUAAAGAGAGAGGAGCAGACCUGGUGAUUAUAACCACACAGGAAGAGCUGUUAUUUGUCAGCAAAAUGUAUGCAGUCACCUGGAUCGGUUUGACUGACAGAGAGCAGGAGAACACGUGGAAGUGGGUGGAUGGGACUGAUCUAGUAGGCGAAUUCUGGCAAGCCGGGGAGCCCAAUAAUAGUGAUGGAGAUGAGGAUUGUGCUGAGGUCUCACGUUCGGCAAAGAAAUUUAAUGACGUGCCUUGUAGCAGAAGAUUUUCAUGGGCAUGUGAGGCUUGAAUCCCUGUGGCUAGCCAUUCAUUUGUCUUUCACUUCAUGUAAUUCAAGCCCUAUCAGCCAUUGUACAGUAGGCUAUCCCACUGUCUCGCGAUCUGAUUGUUAUUACUCUUCCAUACAAUAACAGACAGCCCUUCAAAUAUACUGUUACUUUAUUCUUUUAAUUUCUUUUAUGAAAUAAAAGCUCUAAAUAAAUGUAAAUGUGAUAUAUCCAUUGAAUGAGCUUCCUUUAGUUUUCAUUAUCUUACUUAUUAAUAUUUUGUUCCUACUUGUAUCAAUAAUUUGUAAUUAAAAGCAAAAAAAUACAAGUGUAAGUACAAAGUUGUAUCUUCUGGAUGUUUUCUUCGACUGCUUCUAAAAUAAACAAUAAAAACAUGGAAAAUAGAAUAAUGGAUUGACUCAUUUUAUAUUUCGCAAUUUCCUUAUUUAAAUCUUGCAGCAUCAGAGGUUGCUGCAUUGAGUAAAGCUGAAGAAUCAGCAGUUUAGUCCAAGAGGAGAUUUAUCUCUGGCUUCCUGCUGCUCCAUAGAUGACAGUGAGGACUCCAGAGGCCCAUCGAGUUGAACGUCUUUCCGUGUACAGAUAACAUCCUUUAUGCUUGCAAAAAAAAAAAAAAAUCUGGCUUGAAAAAUAUUUCCGACCUAGCAGUGCAACAUGCUUAUAUCACAUGAUAGGAUACAGGGUCUUAUAUGGGUUGAAGUCAUUCUAAUGGCCAGUUACACCGAAUUGAACUAAGCUCAUUGCCCUUUAAGAGGUUAUAUCAACAUUGGUUCAUAUAACCCAAGCCCUGGUUAAACAUUAACUGUGGCUUACCAUAAGAAACUACUCUCACCAAGUGAAGUAACACAAAACUAUUUUGCUUCACAAUUUGAUUAAAAGAAAAAACUGUGCUGUCAGAAAACCUCUCUCCAGCACUUGAUAUUUCAGCUCCAUGUUUUAACGCAAACAUGGUAAAUGUGACAAGGUCUGUUUGGAAAUCAGUUCUUUCCUCUCUUCAGCUGCGACUCUAACCUUUAAGCUAAUAUUUACUUUACAAGCUUCUUUGCUCCUGCACUGGGUAGGUUAACCAGCACACACACUAUUGUUCCUUAGCCUUCAUUUCUUUUCAAACAGAGUUAAAGAAAUCAAUGUCAUCAAUAGUUUCAGAUUUUUUUCCUCUCACUAUUGUUUCUGAGCUGUGUUGUCUGUUGGCAGCAGCUCACACAGAGAGGAGCCAAGCUCUCCAACAAACUGACAAAGCCAGAGUAAAGUUGCUGCCUUCAGUCGGUGUUGGAAUUACCACAAGUGCUGGAUGAGCACAUACCAUUACAAUGUGAAUGAUUGCACAGUUAUCAAGAAUUGACAUUUAGGGUGUGGAGAGUGUAAAAGCCAUGCAAACAGGUGGAGGAUCGUUGUUCAGGUGUUUCGUCAUUGUAAACACAUCCUGGUGCCUUUUAUUACAUACUUGAUAUACUACCUAUACUACCAACAUUUGAUGCAGACAGUAGAUUUACUCUGCUGAAACCAAAUUCAUUGGCAUGUUAUAACCAUCAAUACAUGGGUUGUCUUGACUGACAUGAGGAAAAUGCAUUUGGUUGUCAUUCAUUAUGGGUAAUGUAUUUUCUAGUGUCCCUUUCUGUUGUAAUAAGCAAUUUCUACCUAAUAAAUUAAAAGCGUAGUUAUAUGACUCGUCCACAUUUUAAUGGCCUCAUCCAGCCCAUGUUGCACAUAUAAGAAGUGGUGUAAGAAGUUCUUAAGUUAAAGUACCAAUACUACUCUAUGCAUAUACUCUGCUACUAGUAAAAGUAUGUAAGUACCAGCAAACCUCACUCUGCUGAAAAAAUGUCUCCAUCUGUGUUGUGCUAUUAAAUAUGAUGCUUCUGGAUUAUUAUUUCUGGUGCAUUCAUGUGUAUCAAUAUUCCUGUGUGUUGGAUUUAGUGGCAUCUAGCAGUGAGGUUACUCCCGUGUGCCAAGCGUGCAGGAGAAUGGUGGCUGUUGCAAAAACACAAAUUGCCCUGUCUAUAGCCAGUGUUUUAAUUUGUCCCUUCUGGGCUACUGUUGAAACAACAUGGCUGACUCCAUGGGAGAGGACCCGCUCUGUGUGUAGAUAAAUGGCUCAUUCUGAGGUAACAAAAACACAAUGAUUCUUAGUUUCAUGUGAUUAUAAACUAUAAUUGAAACAUAGUUAUCAAUAUUAUAUACUUUUUUUCUGCCAAUAGAUGUCCCUAAAUCCUACACACUGGACCUUUAAUGUACAUGAAUAUAUAUGGUAGUUAUUUGAUAACAGAAUUUGACUUGUCUUAACUAUAUGUUGCAUUUUUCUGCUUUUUAGGUUGUAUUUAUUCUAGCUAUUACGUACUGCAUUUUACUGUGUAUACUGCUGGGUAGUUUAAUUUGAAGCAAUGCAUCAGAUUCUUUAAGAUCAUCAUGUUUGUAGCAUCACUGUCUUUUGAGAAUACGUAUAAGGAGAAUCAUUAUCAAUUAGUAUUAUCAAAAAAAAAAAAACAACAACACUAUUAUAAGCAUCACAUUGAGGUGCAGAGUUUGUAGUGUGUAGGAAGGUUAUGAAAAAUUCUAAUAUUAAAUGUAACUAAGGCUGUCAGAUAAAUGUAGCGGAGUGUAAAGCACAAUAUUAGCCUCUGAGAUGUGGAAUAGUAUUAUAAUUUUGCAUAAGAUGGAUGGAAGUGCCGCGAAAGUAUGUAAUGUAAAUGUAUAUUCCACCACUGCAUAAAAUCUUGUUCAAAU